CUCGGAAGUAAGUGCAGCUCGUGCAGGUGGUUCUAGAAGGAAGAUUAGGAUCGAUCAGAAGCGGUGCCCUGGAGGUGCAGUGAUAAAGGAAGCUGAGAAUGUCCCACGCUGGAGCUAUCGUUGGCCUAGGAGUCGCACUUAUUGCUGCUGCGCUCUUCUCGGCUAUUCAUAAGAUAGAAGAGGGGCAUGUAGGGGUGUAUUACAGGGGAGGAGCCUUGCUGUCUACCACCAGUGGCCCUGGGUUCCACUUAAUGUUCCCUUUUAUAACAUCAUUCAAAUCAGUACAGAGUACACUACAGACAGAUGAGAUAAAAAAUGUCCCCUGUGGUACCAGCGGUGGCGUCAUGAUCUAUUUUGACAGGAUUGAAGUAGUCAACUACCUGAUUUCCAGUGCUGUGUAUGAUAUAGUGAAGAACUUCACCGCCGACUAUGAUAAAGCAUUGAUAUUCAACAAGAUCCACCAUGAACUGAACCAGUUCUGCAGUGUCCAUAACCUGCAAGAAGUGUACAUAGAACUAUUUGACCAGAUUGAUGAGAAUCUGAAGCUAGCAUUACAGGAAGAUCUCAACUUGAUGGCUCCUGGGAUUAUAAUUCAGGCUGUGAGAGUUACCAAACCCAAAAUCCCUGAAGCCAUCGGCAGAAACUUUGAGCUCAUGGAAGGUGAAAAAACCAAACUACUCAUUGCUGCCCAGAAGCAGAAGGUUGUGGAAAAGGAGGCCGAGACUGAGCGGAAGAAAGCCAUUAUUGAGGCAGAAAAAGUUGCUCAGGUGGCACAGAUCAAAUACAAGCAGAAAGUCAUGGAGAAGGAAACUGAGAAGAAAAUUUCCGAAAUCGAAGAUUUUGCGUUUGUUGCACGAGAGAAGGCAAGAGCUGACGCUGAGUAUUAUACUGCACAUAAAGUAGCAGAGGCUAACAGGCUUAAACUAACCCCAGAAUACCUGCAGCUCGUGAAAUAUCAGGCAAUUGCGGCCAACAGUAAGAUCUAUUUUGGCCAAGACAUCCCAAACAUGUUCAUGGACAGCUCGGCAGGGCCUCGGGUUCAAUCAGCGACAGUGUUUCAGGACGAUUCACUGGGUCUUGAUGAAGCCGCAUCAGCUGAGGAGUAGAGCCUGGAGAGCAAAACAUUUUUAGGAACAAAUAUUCAAAUUGGAACAACUAUUUUUUUUUUUUUUUUUUAAUUAAAACAAAUUUGUACGUACCAUUCAAACAUAUUGCUGUAAAACCUGCAAUUUUAAUAAGGUAAGAGGAUAUUCGCUCCGGAACUAUAGGAGCGAACACUUUUGUAUUUCAUCGAGCGGAAUAAACCAAAUGAUUUACAUCAAAGUUCACGGGUAUAAAAUAUACAUGUGAGGCUACAUUUUGGCACACUGCCUCUUCAUGCAUUGUUACUUAAAGGCAUCUUAUCGCUUACAGUGUAGUAUAUUCAUAUAAAAAUGUUCUUACUUUGACUUCAAACCUGUAGGAAAGGAGGUGGGCUUGGCUAGGCAGUAGCCACCUGUCAAU